AGAGAGACCACACAUUCAGGAAUGCCACGCAAUGACAACGCAGAGGGCAGUAAAGGCCACGAAGGUGACAGCCAGAAAACACAACUAGAGAAGUUCUCAGGUGGGGCCAGGUCAAGAGGAUCCAUGUUCACGCCCGCACAUGCUCAGUCUGCUCAUGUAUCACAGAGUGUCAGCAUCAAAGUCCAUAAGCAGCCCCUUCAGCUGAGGCCACUCAGACCUACAGUUCUGCGGAAAGGACACCAGCUGCUGCCCCAAGAUCUGUCUCUGUCCACGGAACGUCCAGAUGUUAAUUGUCAAGCCAGAUCAAACCAGAGCUCACCUCACUGGCCAGACUCAUCUUGUCAAAAUAAAGGUCCUCCCUCUGACAUAAAGGCAGCAGGCAGCACACAAGGAAGUCCUGAGCGAAGCCUCACCAGACAUCUCUGCCCUGAGCAUGGUACCAGGGACACGAGCUUGGCAGAGUGGAGGGACCAGAGAGAGCGGGUUCAGUACAUGGACAAGCAACUGGCUUUAGAGAGAAAGAAACUGCAGGAAAUGCAGUUCCAUCUGCAUCUGUCUGACCACGGAGACACUGCUGAGAAUGAGGGGGUGGAGAGGAACCUUGGGGACCCUCUGAGGGUUCCCCACUUCAUGCUCCCAAACGGGGGCAUUCAGGGUGCCAUGGUGACGCCCAGUGAUCUGCUGUCCACCAGCUACCUGCACUUCCCUGCCUCACAGUUCAUGCCGGGGGUUAUGUCCACCAUUGACUGCUACAAGAACAACAACAUCAGACCUCCUUACACGUAUGCCGCCAUGAUCAGAUGCGCCAUACUGGACUCUCCAGAGAAGCAACUGGCCCUUAAUGAGAUCUACCAGUGGUUCACGAACAUGUUUCAUUACUUCAGAUAUAACACCGCCACAUGGAAGAAUGCCGUGCGGCACAACCUCAGCCUGCACAAGUGCUUUGUGCGUGUGGAGGGAGUGAAGGGCUCUGUGUGGACUGUGGAUGAUGCGGAGUUCAUGAGGAGAAAGGGACAGAAGAUUCACAGGAACCAGGAUUUCAACUUGGUGACACCCUAUUUCUUUUACGCUCAGUGAUGAAAUGAUGUGGGUCGCAGACACACACACACACACACACACACACACACACAGAAAGAGAGAGAGAGAGAGACAGCCUUUCAGCUGUUUGAAAACACAGAUACCUCAGUUUAUGUUAAUAAUAUUGCUGAAAUUAUAUUAACGCAGUGUGGAUUUCUUUACUACUUUAUUUGUGCUUUUCUCAUAUCCUGAAUGUGCACUGAUUAUCAGUAGGCUGAUAAAAAAAAAGCAUCAUGAAAAAAAAAAACUAAUUUCCUAAUCUGUUAUUGACUUCUCCACAUGGAAUUGUAACACCAUAUUGUGUGCUCAUAUAUUUUAUGCAUAAUAAAAGUGAAAUUAUUCAUUAAUAAAGACUUAAAAUGUGUGUCUUGCUAUUAUUUGCAGUUCAACACUAUAGGCUAGUGGAAAAUGAACACCCUGUAUCGUUCUAGGAAAAAAGGG